CUCAUGCGCUACCUUCCCCUCUCUUCCUUGGCGCUGCCUACGGAGGUGGCCACCAUCUCCUACUCGGCAUCAUGGCUGCCCUCAGACCCCUCAUGAAGCCCAAGGUCGUCAAAAAGAGGACCAAGAAGUUCAUCCGGCACCAGUCAGACCGAUAUGUCAAAAUUAAGUGGAACUGGCGGAAAUCCAGAGGCAUUGACAACAGGGUGUGCAGGAGAUCCGAGGGCCAGAUCUUGAUGCCCAACAUUGGUUACGGGAGCAACAAGAAAACAAAGCACAUGCUGCCCAGCGUCUUCCGGAAGUUCCUGGUCCACAACGUCAUGGAGCUUGAAGUGCUGCUAAAGUGCAACAAGUCUUACUGUGCUGAGAUUGCGCACAACGUCUCCUCCAAGAACCGCAAAGCCAUUGUGGAGAGAGCAGCCCAGCUGGCCAUCAGAGUCACCAAUCCCAAUGCCAGGCUGCACAGCGAAGAAAAUGAAUAAACAGCUCGUAUGCACGUUUUGCUUAAUAAAACUGUAAAACGGCCAUCUGGCAUUUCCCCCUUGGUUUUACUCUUCAGUUUGUUUGACAGCUUGUCACAGAGAUUGCUCUUUUGCCUGUUCGUGCUCUGUGGAACCUUCUGUUUGGAAGGCGUUUGUAAAGGAUAUGUGAUCCCUCCUUCAUGGCACCCAGGCCUCAGGUGCCCAGAGCAGCCUUGGUCAGCUCCAGGUGGGCUCGGGAAGAUGUGGCCCUCAGAUCACGGUAGGUUCUGAGACCCCUGGUUGAAGGACCUUGCAUCUUGGAGCAAGUAGUC